AUAAUUUAUUCUCUACUUUUGUGUGCAAAUAAAAGUUUGAACAUUGAAAAACUUGUUUUUUUACCUAUAUUUUUUAUUGGUAUUUAUUUUUGUUUCUUAAGACACAAAAAAAGAUCAGAUCUCAGGACCUCCCAACCCUCUGGUGAAUGCAUCAAUGAGCGAACGAAUACGAUCACUGUAAUCGGUGUAAUAGAUGAGUUAACUGCACGAACAUAUGAUGUGUGCCGUGUCAGGAUCGGGCUGGCCAUAGCGCGCAGGUUGGCCCAGCAUGGCGCCCACGUGGUCGUGAGCAGCCGUACCGAGGAACACGUGGCCCACGCUGCCGAGGAGCUCCAUGCCGAGGGCCUGAACGUCACGGGCAUCGUGUGCCACGUGGGGGAUGCCGAUCAGCGCACAAAGCUCAUCAAAGAGACUGUGAGCAAGCUGGGAGGGCUGGACAUCCUCGUGCUCAACGCGGCAGUGAACCCGUAUGUCGGACCCCUCCUCAACGCCACCGCGGAGGUCUGGGAUAAGGUGCUGGAUGUGAAUUUAAAAGCCCCGUUCCUCUUCGUGAAGGAGGCCGCUCCUCACAUGAAGGAGCGAGGGGAAGGUGCGGUUGUAUUCAUCUCGUCUGUCACCGCUUACUUCCCCAACGAGGACAUAGGUCCCUACUGCGUGAGCAAGACGGCUCUGCUGGGCCUCACCAAAGCCCUGUCGCGGCCGCUUGCCGCCAUGAACAUCCGCGUGAACAACGUGGCGCCCGGGCUCAUCGAGACCGGCUUCAGCGCCGGCCUGGCAAAGGAUGAGAAGAUGAUGCAGAUGUUCAGAAACGUUACCGCCAUUCCCAGGGCUGGCUACCCCGAGGAGGUGGCGUCCCUCGUCUCGUUCCUGUGCUCCCGGGAUGCCGGCUACAUCACGGGGCAGACGAUGGUGGUGGAUGGAGGGGGCAUCUCGCGCCUCUAGUGCCCUGCACAACGCAGCUUACAUCCUGCGCGCUGUAAUCUACUGUCUCCACCAUGCUCUCCGCAUGAUGCACCCUACCAUCCUGCAACCUGCGCUAGGGCAGAGCAUCCUGCACCCUGCACGAUGCUUUCUUCACAACGUAUCCGAUCACACUGCACCCUGCACAAUACAGCGCUCUGCUCCGUAGACCUAGCUCGCUUCCUGCACAUCACAUCCCAUUUACCCUGCAAACGACACGCUUCACCUGUCUCUCUGUUGUAGCAGCUCCCUGCACCACCCGGCUGACCCCACUGCAUGCCGCGUUCUGCACGUUGCCUCAAGGGCGUGUGGGUAAAGCAUUCCCGUGGUAAUUAUUAAAACUAUGAACAAAAAGUUUUACUUCACCAGGUAAAUGAGUUAUAUAACUCUUGUUCGAAGCAAUCUGGCCACAAAUUAUAGUUAAACGGAGUGGCUUACCUUGUAGAAACGUAUUGCAGUAACAUACUCUAAACACACGUUUAUAAAUGUAGAGGGAAAAAAACGGAUAACCUGGAGAACAAUCCUCGCAACCACGGGGAGGGAGAAAGACAUGCAAACUCCAAAUAUUCAGGCGUCAGGGUCCCGAUCGAACCCACGACCUCCUGCAAACUAGGUGAGGGAGUUAACAUCUCACCAGGUUACACAGUAACAGAAUCGAAUGAAGAUGCAGUCCCUCCACAUGGCGUUGAACAGUUUGUGGGGCAAGCAAGUGCUUAAAGAGAACUUUUUCAGGCCAGCAUGUUACACGAGGGGCGUGGGUGGUCAGUCUCAUGACUUUUCAGGAGAGUCCUACCAGGUUUUCCCAGCGAUGAUUGCUAUGCACAGUAUAUUCCAACUGAGUAAUUUGCGGGCAAUUUUAUUAAAUUCGGUAAAUGUGGCCCAUGACGCUGGCACCUUCAACAUUCGCUCGGAAGCAGGCGGCACGUGGUGUCUUUGCGGUGAACACGCCUGUAGCAUUAAACAGAGCGGCCGCUGGAUUCGAACCGCAAACCUCUGCGACAAA